CGUCCGGACUUUCCGACAAUGUUACUCCCACGAAUACCCACGAUGGGGAUCCUCCCAUCUCUACGAAAUAUCUAUGCAGGCGGCAUUGGUAGCAACAGCGGGAUCCUGCAGCAAGCCCGUCACGCAACACACAAAGCCUCCAAAGCCGCCAACGGCUCCAGUAACACCGCCGGGAAGAGGCUCGGUGCUAAGAAAACCGCCGGCGAAAGGGUAGUCCCUGGAAUGAUAAUCUAUCGCCAACGCGGCACCCUCUGGUUCCCGGGAGAAAACGCCGGUAUCGGCCGUGACCACACGAUCUUCGCCCAGAGCACCGGCUACGUCCGUUACUACCGCGACUCCGGGCCCAAAAAGCGCAAGACCAUCGGCGUAGCCCUAACGCCCAACCAGCCACUCCCGCGCCCGCCCAACGCUGCACGCACUCGCCGCCUCGGCCUCGAGCCAGUCCCCCUCGCCGAGAAGGAGGAUGUCAGCGUGCCGCAGGGGACGCCACUGACGCAGGAGGACUGGGCGAAGGCCGCGCCCGGCAGCUAUAUUCCCCGUCCGGAGAACUGGAGGAUUGGGAAGGUUAUGGGACCAGUCGUUAGGAAGAAGAGUGUUUUCGAGGGCUUCGAGAGGAGUGCCAAGAGGAAGGAGGCUAUGCUGAAGAAGAUCGCACUGAAGGGGGGAAAGUCUAGGGUUAAGGCGAAGGCGAAGACGAGGGCUAAGAAGGCGAAGGGAGUGUGAACGAGUGAAUGUGUGGUGAAGGAAUGAGUGGGAUGCGGAUAAUGGGUGUAUAUAUAUCUGGGAAUCUGGGAAUGUAAGUUUUGGCUUCAGUG